AUGAAUUCUCAGCUCUUUUAUUUCGAGACAGCAUUUACAAUUCAAAAAGAUCUUACUGAAGAGUAUAGCGAAGAUAAGAUUUUAAUUAAAUCCACAAUAAAAUAACUAUUAAAUUAAUUAAAGUCUGAUUAAGACAAAACCCUCAAUAUACUUGGGCUUUAUGGGUAUAAAGACAAAAUGAUUGAUUAUGUGACUAAAAGAUACAAUGUGAAUAUUUAAUUAGAUGUUGAAUUAUCAAAUGCUACACAAGCCUGUAUUGGGAUGAUAAAUUUGGAUAGUUUAUUAUUGUUUUGCUAUGUUAUUCCUGAAAAUAAAAAGGUUGAUUAAGUAGUGGAAUAAAUAGAGAUAACUUUAUUUAGGUAAAAAUUUAAAUUUAAAUAGAAUUUUAGUUGAUGUUUGUUAGAAUAUAAUUAUAUUGCCAAGUGAGCAAAUAUUACAAAAAUGGAUUCCAAUAAAAGAUAAUUAAAUUUAAAGAAACAAGAUGUAGAAUUAUUAAUCAGAAGAGAUAGAUUCAAAUAGUUGUAGAUGUGUAGAAGUUUAGUAGAAACUUGGAAUAAAGGAAAUUUAAAAUUAUAACUAAUAUUAUAAGAAUUCAUUAGAUUCGAUAGUUUUUUAUAAUUUGAAAUAAGAAGAGUACAGUAAACUAGUUGAAUCUUAUUAUUAAGAUUAAGUGAAAAAUAUAAUGUUAUAUGGAAGAUUUAAUGAGGAAUUAGAAUUUCCAAAUCCAGUUUUAGAGAGAAAUUAUGUUUAAAAGAUUAAUAAAGAGGUUGUUUUUUCAAUGACACAUUACUUCACAUAUUUUAAGGAUAGCGUAGAGAAUGGAUUAUAUAAAUAAUUAUAAUUGAAAUUUUCACCUUAGGAGUUUAAUUUUUUGAAAUUAGCAAAGUUCUUUUUGAAUCAUGCUUUUAGAAAGUUAAAAUCUUUCAAAGAUAAUACUGAAGUAUUGAAAGGACCAGAAUUGAUUAAAGAGGUUAAGACAUCUAAUAUAUUAUUAAAAUCUCAAGAAUUAUUGGCAAAGUUGAUAAGGAUUGUGAUAAAAUAUAUUAAUAGAGAAUUUUCAAAGAUGUAAGACUUUGUAAAUAGAAAGAUAAAACAUAUAAUGGAGAAGAUUGAAAUAGAGAAUGGAGUAGGAUAAGAAUUCAUUGUAGAGUUGAAAUUGUAGAGAUUUAAGAUUUUUAGGAAUAUGGACAAUUCAUUAAAAAAUAUAGAAUUUUUGAAUAAAGAUUUAAAUAUAUCAAAGGAGAAAGAGACGAAGUUUUAAUAAUAAAAUUACCAUAGUUAUUAGUUAGUUGAUUUUUUUCCAUUAUAUAAUUAAAAUGAAAGUAAGUAGAGUAAUUAUUUGUUGAUAAUGAAAUGUGUAAUGGUAGAAUAAAAGAAUAUUUGUUAUCAUGUGUAUCUAUUAUAGGAGAAUAGGAAACCAGUUUUGAUUGUGAUUUAUACAGACUUAAAUAAUCCUUAUUUUUAUUACACAGUAGAAUAAUAGACAUUAUUUUAAUUUAAUUUGCCAAAAAGAAUAGUGAUUUCAACAGUUAAUAAAGAUAAGGAAUGUAUAGAUACUGAAAGAGUAAUAGAUUUUGAGGAUACAAUCUAUAUUAUAUAGUAUAGUUAUUCUGAGGAAUAUGAAUGUUUUUUAUUAUUGUCAGAUGAUAAGAAAAUAUAUAAAUGGUCAUCAAAUGAUUAAGAAUUUAAUUAGUAACUUUAGAGUUAUUAAGAUGAGGAAGGGUUUGUUUUUGAAAAAGAAUUUGAUUCAGACUAUUAAAAUUUAAUGGUAUGUGGAUCAGGGAAGUUUUAUUUAUUGUUUAAAUUGUAAUUAGUAGAUAUAUAUGAUUUUAAUAAUACAAAAAUUUAAUCGAUAAAAUUUAGAUCAAUAUAUUAAAUAGAUUAGAUAUACAUAUUUAGUGAUUAAUAUGAUAGUUUUAUAUUUCUGGCUAAGAGUUAAGAUGAGUAGGAAUUGUAUUAAUUGGAAAACUUUAAUAAGAAGAGUAAAUUGACAGGUAAUUAGAAUUAUGAGAUACAAUCUUCUAAUUAUAUUUUGGAUUUAAUAAAAUAAUCAUUUAUAGUUUAUGGUAGAAAUGCAAGUUAAUUGGGACUUGUGUAAGAUUUAAGUAGAUUUUAUUGUUCUAAAGAAUGUGGUGAUAAAAUUUAAGAUUGCUUUUAUAAGAUAUAAUUAUAAAAAUAUUCAGAAUUAUGUAUUUAGGAAGUAUUUUAGAUAGUAAAUGUGAAUUCUAGAACAUUAUUGAAUGUAUUAUCAUCAAGAGUGCCAAUAUAACUGUGUACAUUUGAAUGUAAAAGAUUGAUAGUAUUGAGUGAUGGAUUAAAUAAGUUAAAUUAGAGUUUUGAUUGUAUUUAAAUUGAUAGAUAGUUGAAACAGAUAUCUUUUGGAAUAAUAGAAGAAUAAUUAAGUGAAUAUAAGAAACCAAUAUAUGUAGUAAGUAUUUUAGGAAAGUAAUCAGGUGGCAAGAGUUAUUUAUUAAAUUAAAUAUUUGGUAUUAGAUUUGGAGUAUCAUCAGCAAGAUGUACAGAUGGAAUUUGGUGUAGUUAAAUUUAAUUAUAAGGUCAUUAAUUUAUAAUCUUAGAUUGUGAAGGUUUGUUUGGAUAAAGAAGGAAAAACAUUGAAGAAAUUACACUUCUAUCAUAUCUUACAGCAAUUAGUGAUUUGACAAUUAUCAAUCAAUGUUCUUCCUAUGAUAGACAUUUGAAUGAGUUAUUUGAUAAUUUAUUAGAAGCUAAUACUAGAUUAAAAGGUAAUCAAUUAUUUUAAAGUAAAUUAAUGAUUUUAGUAAGAGAUAUAUAUCAGGCUAGUUCAUUAAAUGCUUAAUAAGAAUUAGAUGGAUAAUUAGAUUCUAUAAUUAAUUCAUCUAAUAAUGAAUUAUUUAAAUAAUUAUUAAAAAAUGGAGUAAGUGCUUAACUUAUGAGUUAUUUUGAAUUAGAAUAAUUUGAUAAAGAUGUUAUUUAAAUUAGAGAGUAAAUUCUAGAAAAUGCAAAAAAUACAUAAAGAUGGUAAGAUGCCUAAUCAUUAUUUACUUCUAUGAAAAUUACCUUGUUAUAAUUAUCAGUUAAAGAUACUAGGAAUGUUUAAGAUUAUGAAUUAAAUUAUUAAAUACAUAAAUUAAAAGAAUAAUCAAACAUCUAUUGGUUAGAAUUACCAUUGUGGAUUAUUAAAAAAGAAGAUCCUAUUAAUAUAUCAUAAUAAAUUGUAUUAACAUCAUCAAUGGAAGAAAAUUUUAAUUUGUUAUUGUAAUAAGCAUUAAAUAUUGUGAAAAUACAUUUUGAAUAAGAUACGUGCUUUAUGUAAAAGUUUACAAAAGUAGAUAAAUUAAUUUAAUAAUUUACAUUUAAAAGAAUUAGUUACAUUUUGAGUAUAAUAUAAAAAGAAAUAGAAUAAAAAUUAGUAUAAAUCUAUGAUUUAGAUAAAGAUAUGAAGUAAAAUAUAUUACUAGAUUGUGAGAAUGAAUUAAAAUUACAUCUGCAUAAUUAUAAAUUAUGUGGAUAAACAUGUAGUAAAUGUUAUGCCUUGUGUACUUAAUAUAAUGGACAUUUGAGUAAAAAUGGAACAAAAAUAGAGAAACUAAGAGGUAUUAUUUAGAAGAAGAAAUCUAAAAUCUAAAUGAUAUAAAAGUAAUUAGAUUUAGAAGAAGAGGCAGAUUUAAAUUAAUUUUUGGCUGUGGAAAGAAAUUUAUUGUAAGAAUUACAAGUAAGCCAGUCAAAAAUAAAGGGAGAUCGCACAAUGGUUUAAAGGGCAAUAGCAUUGAAGGAAAUACAAUAAUAAAUAUAUCAUGUUGAAGGAAGAAUAAAAAAGGUUAAUAAUAUGAUAGAGUUGUAAGAGGGUUUGAAUAAAGAAUAAGAAUAAAUUUAGCAUUUUAAUAAAUAACAUAAAUGUUGGAGUGAAACUCACUUAUGCGAAGAAAUAAAUUGUGAAUUGUUAUAAUCACAUUCAAGUGAUCAUUUAAAGAAAGGUGAGAAUAUAAAUUAAUGUGAUAAAGAAUGUUUAUUAUGUUGUAAUUAAUGUAUAUUAAGGAUUGGACAUUAAAACAAUUCAUUGCAUUAUUGCAAAAGUAAACAUAUUUGUUAAGAGACUUGUUAAUAUUGUGCAGAAUAAUGUACUUAAGAUCCUUUUGUAGAGCAUAAGCACAUGUGUAAUUUGAGAUAUUGUAAUAAAUCAUGUUCUUUGGGAUGUUAAAGAUAAUGUUCUGAAUAGCAUUCUCAUGAAUUAGAGAAUGAGCAUUUUUGUAAUUGUCAUCAUUAAUGUGAUAAAUUAUGUAAUUUGCCAGGAAUAUGUACAGUUGAUGGAUAUGUGAAACGUGUAAAAAUGUGGAAAUCAAAUGCAGGAUCUUUAUAUGGAUAGACAAUAUAUGAGUAAGUAAGGAGGAAGGAAAAAUGUUUUAAAUUAAUACCAAUAGGAGAGAAUAGUCAUGAUUUAGGACAUGCUUGUUCAAAUCGUAAACAUUUAUGUGAUUAAUAAUGUCCAGGAUGCAAAGCGUAUUGUUAUUUAGAAUCUGGACAUACAAACCUACAUCAUACGAUAUAUCAUAAUAUCAUAGAGCCUUAAUAAUCAUGUUUUAAAUUAGAUUAAAAAGAUGAGGAUAUAUAAUUUUGUAGACCUGAAACUUGUGAUGAAUAUUGUAUUCGUUUAGGUAGAGGACAUCAUCAUGCUGUUGAAUGUGUUGAUGAGUUUCUCUGUUAUCAAUAAUAAUUAAAUAGAUCUUCAAAAUAUUUGAAAGCAUUACAUAUGUAAGAUAAUAUUGAUAAUGUAUUAUGUAAAUAAUUUUGGGAGAUUUUCGGUUGGGAAUAACCAGUUAGAGGUAGUAAAAGAGUUGAAAUAUCAAAGUGUAACGUUAAAUGUUAGAGUUGUAAUAAAUAUUGUAAUUAUUUGGCAUGGCAUGAUAAAGGAAUGAAUUCUAUUAAUCACAAGUUUGAAUGUUUUAAUACUCAUUACAUAAAAUCUAUUUAAAUUGCCUUGAUUGUUGAUUAGACUGAGGAAUAGAAU